CUCCAGUCCCACGGGAUGCGUCUGCUCUGGGGCCCUAGGAGGCUCUUCCUCACCCUGCUUCUGCUGGUUUCCAUCAAGCAAGUUACAGGAUCUCUCCUUGAGGAGACAACUCGGAAGUGGACUCAGUAUAGGGAGAAGUGUCUUAGAGACUUGCUCAAUAAACCUUCUGGUAUAUUUUGCAAUGGAACAUUUGAUAAGUUGGUGUGCUGGCCUCAUUCUUCUCCUGGAAAUGUCUCUGUUCCCUGCCCUUCAUACUUGCCUUGGUGGAGUGAAGAGAGCCCAGGAAGGGCCUACAGACACUGCUUGGCUCAGGGGACUUGGCAGACACGAGAGAACGCCACAGCUAUUUGGCAGGAUGACUCAGAAUGUGCGGAGAACCACAGCUUCAAACAAAACGUGGAUCACUAUGCCUUGCUGUCCACCUUGCAGCUGAUGUACACCGUGGGCUACUCCCUCUCUCUCAUCUCCCUCUUCCUGGCUCUUACACUCUUCUUGUUUCUUCGAAAGCUGCACUGCACACGCAAUUACAUCCACAUGAACUUGUUUGCUUCGUUCAUCCUGAGAGCGCUGGCCGUCUUGGUGAAAGACAUCAUCUUCUACAACUCUUACUCCAAGAGGCCUGACAAUGAGAGUGGAUGGAUGUCCUAUGUGUCAGAGAUGUCUGCCUCCUGCCGCUCCGUCCAGGUCCUCUUGCACUACUUUGUGGGGGCCAAUCACUUGUGGCUGCUGGUGGAAGGACUUUACCUCCAUGCUCUGCUGGAGCCCACUGUGCUUCCUGAAAGGCGGCUGUGGCCCAGAUACCUGGUGGUGGGCUGGGCCUUCCCAAUGCUGUUUGUCAUUCCCUGGGGUUUCGCCCGUGCACACCUGGAGAACAUAGGGUGCUGGGCAACAAAUGGAAAUAAGAAAAUCUGGUGGAUCAUCCGAGGACCCAUGCUGCUUUGCGUGACAGUAAGGACCAUCCCAUCCAUCCAUUUCUUCUCUGGGCUCCACAACUUCAGGAGCAUCCCUCUAACCCUCACCUACCUCCUAACUCCUCAAAUCUCUG